GUGACCUAUGUUAUUAUGCUAGCGAUGUGUCAUCUGCAGAGCAGAAAAAGCUGCAAAUAUCGGAAAAUAUUCAAGUUUAUCGCGCGUGUUAAUCUGAAUUAGGCUUUCCGUUUUAAGUAAAAGUCAAAAUACUGUAUUAGACUGGAUGUCUGUCCCGCAGGGAGAAGUUUAAUCAAGGAACCACAUUGACAAGCUAAUCUUUGACAACUGGGUUAGCCUUAGCCACCAGGCUAAUUGGGCUCAACCUUUCUCCAUCGUUCCUAACGGGACGGAAGAGAAAUGUCUUGUAGCUUAUUGGAGUUUUGUCGGCUCCAGGAGCUGAAAACUGUGCGGGACUAUUUGUUCCAAAACCAGAACACUGAGGCCGAGGAAGACAAAGCGCAAACAGAUGAGUUGACUUGGGACACCUCUGAUUGGGAGUCUGCGUGGGACAAUGAUGUCAAAGAGGAGAAUGCGACAACUCCCACUUCUACAGCGGAGGAGAGUGUGGAGCAGACUGCACCUGGCUGGCUACAGGACUGUGUUGUGGCUCUGUCACCCUGCUCAGAUCUGCUGGUUGUGACUCGUGAACAGAAGGCUGUCUUCCUUUCUGCCAAGUGGCGUACAGAUGACAGUGGUCGAGAUGAGAUGACCCUGGCUGUGUCCUGGUCUGGAACUCUUAGUAGUGAAGAAGGGGAGUGUGUGAGCAGCGCCAUUUGUAUACCUUUGGCCAGUCAAAAAAGGAGCUCCACGGGGCGUCCUGACUGGACUUGUGUGGUUGUGGGCUUCUCCUCUGGCUAUGUCCGCUUCUACACUGAGCAUGGUGUUUUGCUGCUGGCUCAGCUGCUGCACGAGGACCCUGCGCUAAAGCUGAAGUGCCGAACAUAUGAGAUCCCCCGUCACCCUGGAGUAACAGAGCAGCAUGAGGAGCUGAGUAUCCUCUAUCCUGCUGCUCUCGUCACCAUUGAUGGCUUCAGCCUCUUUCAGUCUCUGCGAGCCUGCAGGAAUCAGGUGGCAAGAGCUACGGCAGCAGGUAAUGAUGUUAUUCAGCCCCCUCCUCUGGCUUAUAAAAAGUGGGGUCUGCAGGAGAUGGACAACAUUGUGGAUCAUUGCAGUGUAGGUGUAAUGGCGACAUCCGUUUUUGACCAAAUGAAAAAUGCCUCUAUUCUUGGAGGCUUCAAUGCUUCCAUUAAAGGCAGCCCUCCUGCCAUGUCUCAGUAUGUGACUGUGGGGAGUGGACCAUACACAGGCUUCUUCUAUGCAGUAGAAGGCAACUCCCAGCCUCUCUUGUCUCAUGUGGCUAUGGCUGUGGCUAGCAAACUUACAUCAGCGCUGUUUAAUGCAGCCAGUGGAUGGUUAGGUUGGAAUAAGAACAAAAACAAAGCUGAAGAAGAAGUCGCUCAAAAGCAAAAACCUAAAGUAGAACCUGCCACGCCCCUUCCCAUCAGGUUUGGUCUCCCUGACUCUCGGCGCCAUGGGGAGACUAUCUGCCUUUCCCCUUGCAACACAUUGGCUGGAGUGACCGAUGAUUUUGGUAGAGUUACUCUGUUGGACCUGGCCAGAGGGAUUGCUAUUCGAAUGUGGAAAGGUUAUCGAGAUGCACAGUUGGGAUGGAUGCAGAUUGCAGAGGAGAGAGGUAUUCGCGAAGCCUCCUCUGCUCCCACUCCCAAAAGGCAUGCCCUGUUCUUAAUCAUUUAUGCUCCGAGAAGAGGAAUUCUGGAAGUCUGGGCGAUGCAGCGAGGACCAAGAGUUGGAGCUUUUAAUGUGGGAAAACACUGCAGAUUACUUUAUGCCGGCUAUCGUCUGAUGGGAGUGAACAGUGUGACUAGUCAGGGCUGGCAGCUCCACACGCAGCAGGUCUGUCUACUGGACCCCACCAAUGGAGCACUGAGGACUGUCAACAUUCCUUUCCAUUUGGCUCUCAGUGACAAGAAGAGUGAACGGGCCAAAGAUAUGCACCUUUUGAAGAAAUUUACCACUUUGCUUAAGAGCAAAGACCUAGAACCUGACGUUUUGGAGAGUGAAGCUGAAAGUUUGCUUCUUGAUAUUAAACAUCCUGCCAUUAAGAAACAGGCUUUAGAGUCUCUGCUGUCCCUCAGGAGCACCCCUGUUUCAUGCCUUGCCCAUAUCACAAGCACCUUAUAUGACAGUUUCAAAAACCAAGAUCCAGAUCAAGUUGAUGAAACAUUACUCCAGUUUUGCUCUUCACAGUUAAAACUGCUCAGACUUUAUUGUGAUAUUCAGGACUUAAACUCCUGCACAGACACUAUAGAAUCCUCCCCUGAAACUGAUUCUCUCGAGGGCAUUAAUGCUGACCUGUCCCGCGUGGGCCCCAUCUUGCAGCGUUAUGCUCAGUUCCACACCAAACCCAGUGUGACGUUUGCCCAGGACUCCCCAGACCUGCCCCUGACAGCACCAGCCUUUCUCUCACACAUGGCGUGCACAGACGAGGGUGCGCUGAGGGUCAGCUGCAAAGAGGAGAGUGAAUGGAACAGGCUAGGUAAUUUCUUCUUUUGGAGCUCCCUGUGUGGGAAAAGUUCUCUACAUAAAAUUUGUGAAACACUGGAGCAAGCCGGGAUCACUCCACAACAGUUAUUGUCUCUAUUGCUGAGCAUGUGGUUACUGCGAGAGAAGGAGAUACUGCAGAAACCUGAGGAGACUGUUCAAAAUCUACACACUUUACUUGUAACACUAAGCAAUAUGAAGGGAGCUGUUGAGGAAACAUGGGACACCCAGUCUAUUUCCCCCUGGUGGCAGCAGGUCCGCAACACUUGUGUCCAGUCCCACAAUGCAGCUGCAGCUCUGUUGGCUGCAUUUGUGGCCCAUCGUGUUGCUAAGGCCAGUAUAGCGAGCCGAGCUGACAGCAAGUUGCAGUCAGAGUGGGAGGCUGUGUCUCUGGAGCUGGAGCAGUGGGUGGUGUGCGUGCGUCAGCUGGAGGAUGUGCUAGUGCUGCAGACUCUGCUGCUCCUGCCUCCACCUCAGGGGUCCACAGGGGGAGCUGUAACCCAGUGCUCUAUUAAAACACUUUUAGAAGGAGGAGCUGGUGGAGUUGCAGACAGUGUCUCAAAGUGGGUAUUUAGACACAACUUAGCUCCUGAGCGACUGAAGGAAAUUCUUGAUAUAAAAUAUACAGAGACUGAACAAGAAACGGAUGAAAACAAAAGUCAAGAAGACAAAGAUCAAAGUGAAGAGCUGUUGGUUGCAUUGUGCAAGCGCUUUCCAAACUCGCUCUCUCCAGAUCUGCUCUUCGCUCACUGCUGUUGGGAAUAUGUGGUGCAGUGGAACAAGGACCCAGAGGAGGGCCGUUAUUUGUGUUGGGCUGUUGAACAUCUAAAACUGAUCUCCAAUCCACAUAUUCAACUCGGUAUUUCGUUAAUGAUGUGGAGUACAUUUAUUGUCAAACGUUUUUCUUCAGCUGCUUUUCUUAUGGAAAAAGUUGGAAAGGCUCCGAAAGACCGGUUAUGUCGGCGGGACGUGGGGAUGGGAGACAAAGCAGUGACCUCUUUCCUCGGCAGUUGUGUCCAGUUGCUGCAGAUCCUGAUGGAGGUGACUGGACAAUUGGUUAAGAAUGAGUACCAUUUGUCAUUUUUAAAAUACUUUGCUGAUUCUGCAGUUGAGGAGGUUCCAGCUCCUGAGUUUUCUGUGGAGGAGGUGUGGAGCGGAGCGGAGGGUCCAGUCUCCAUUGCAGAGCUGGCCUUGGAGCAGAGGGGGGUCCAUUACCCUCUUGUUCAACAUCACUGCCUUCUUGCCUCUCUGCUGCACAUGGCUAUGACAUUCAGUAUGAAAGUCAAACCACUCAGCUUGUUUGACAGCAAGGGUAAGAAUGCUUUCUUCAGAGAUCUAACAACCAUCCAGCUGAUGCCCAAUGGAGAUAUGGAUCCUGCAAUUGUCUCACUGCGUCAAGAUUUCCUUCUGCGAGUAUUGACCAGCUGGGUGCAGGCCAUAGAUACCCCCUCCUCCUCCUCAGACUCUGGUCCCUCCUCUCUUCCCUCCAAUGGACCAAUGGCAGACUGGUGGCCCUCACUGUGUCUAGACCUGGGCUCUCUGCUUCAGGUCAAUCCAGACAUCCUACGGCGCCAUCUUGUGUAUGAGCUUUACAAUCAGGGUCUAGACCAAAGAGCUGAACAGGCAAUGUUGGAGGUGGAAGAUAAAGACGUGCUUGGCUCUCAGUUGUUAGUUCUAACUGGACAGAGACUGAGCUACUCUCUGCUGCACAGUCAGAGUCAAACGCAGCCUGCCAUGGAGCUGCUGGCCCGUCUGCCCCCCACCCUCUGCACAUGGCUCAAAGCUAUGGAUCCCAGUGAGCUGCGUUGUCCUUCUGUGCCCCUGGUCCAGACCAGCAGACUAAUCAGUCGCCUGACUGAGAUCCUCCCAGAGAACCAUGCUCAGUACAGCCUUGCUCUGCACCUUCUGGAGGCUGUGGAGGCUCUGUCCACUGAAGAUUGACCCAGGACAAACAUUAGAAUCACAAUAGAAAGUUAUUUUAUAAAAGAUCUGCAGACUGGGGUCACAUCCUCUGUAUCAUGUUUUGAGUUGUGUUAACACAUGGAAUGUGGACCUGUGUUACCAGCCAGGUGUUAAGUUUUCAUGUCACAUAUCUGAAAAUCUUUGCAAACAUUCAAACUGUAUUUUACUGUUAUUUUUGUGUUAUGUUCAUAACUUUCUGCAAUGCAGAAAGGAAAUGAAACAUCAGUGUCUGGCUGGUCAUAAUGGAAACAGCUUUUAACCCUUUUAAUGUCAGUUCUUUGCAUGUGUAUUAAUAUAACACUUGGGUUGGGUUUUUCCAUGUUUGCAUCUUCUAAAUUUCCUGCUCACUACUUAAACUCUUGAGUGCCAUGUUUCAGUUAUUGCUUUGCUCUUGACUAGUGUAAGGACAGAUGUAUUAUAAAAACAUAUUUUUAUUUAUAUUUGCAGACCGUAAUGUAAAAGCUGUGCCUGUACAUCCCUCUAUUCUGUAGUUUAACAUGCAUCUUCUCACACAGGGCUAAUCAAUGCAGAAUAAAGAGGUUUCUCAAAAA